AUGGCCGUCAUGACCAUGUCUGCUGGCCCGUCCACCUUCAAACCCGGCCCCAUGCGGCCCCACGUCUCGUCCCCGCUCGCUGCCACCGGCGCGGUGCGCCCACAAUCGACUCGCAAGAUCUCCAAUACACCCGCCUUCCCCGUCUCCCGCCCGCUUCGCCCGUUCCCCUCCAUCGCGAGCUCGCUCUCUGGCGGCGCACACCGCUCGUCCGGUGCGCCGGGCAAGAAGCCCAUAAAAAUCAUCGAACCCCCGCCCGACUUCAAGGGUGCCUUCGUCCUCAACCUCACCCAGGCCGAGCUCAGCCGGCAGGACUGA